ACGGGCUCCUUCGCCUUGCCCUUCGGCCUCUACUACACCUACCUCCAAUCCCUCGUAAUCCGCCAACGCAUGCACGCCAAAUCCGCCAUCUCGCCCACUUCCGGCGGGAAUCCCGAGCACGAUCCCCUCCUCGCAUCGGUGCGUGCCCAAGGCAACUUUCUUGAGAACGUCCCAUUGUGCCUUAUACUAUCCGGACUGGUCGAGAGCAAUGGAGGAGACAAGAGGAUUCUGACAUGGGCACUGAGUGCGUUGUUUGUUGCAAGAGUGGCGCAUGCACAAUUUGGCAUCACUUCGAAGAACUACAUGGGCAAGGGACGUGCAUUUGGGUUCUUCGUCACGGCAGCGGUGCUGAAUGGACUGGCGGGUUACUCGGCUUGGUUGGUGAAGGGAUAUUGGGGAUACUGA